GCAGUGAACCAAUUCAAGUUGGUUGGUCAAGUGAUCAAUUAAUUGGCAGGAUUUUAAACGGAAUUUCGCUGCCGAUUACUUUUUUAUUAAUCGGAUUGGAGGUUGUAAAAAAAAACAUGCAGUGGUUCUCCUAUAAAUUUUAGCUGAAGCUGGCACCUCAAUUCUGCAACGAAAUACACACACUGAGUCUAACAAUAAAAUAAAAACACACACUGAAUAUUGAUCUGAGAAACAGAGCAACAAGAACGUAAGAAUGGCGGAAGUGAAGAACAAGCAAGUGGUUCUGAAGGAUUAUGCAACUGGUUUCCCUAAGGAAUCAGACAUGGACAUAGUUGAAGGCACCAUCUCACUGAACCUUCCGGAAGGUUCCAACGAGGUCCUUCUCAAGAACCUCUACCUCUCAUGUGAUCCGUAUAUGCAAAUGCUCAUGAGCAAGAUAGAAGGCCUCGAAGGCUUCGGUACAUAUGCCCCUGGCUCUCCAUUGACAGGAUAUGGUGUAGGUAGAGUCCUAGAAUCUGGGCACCCGGAUUAUAAGAAAGGCGAUUUAGUGUGGGGAAUUACAAAAUGGGAAGAGUACAGCUUGGUCUCUUCAGAUCAAACACUUUUCAAAAUUGAGCACACUGAUGUUCCGCUUUCUUAUUAUACUGGAAUUCUUGGUAUGCCGGGAAUGACAGCUUAUGGUGGUUUCUUUGAAUUAGGGUGUCCUAAGAAAGGAGAGAAAGUGUUUGUUUCAGCUGCCUCUGGUGCAGUUGGUCAACUUGUUGGCCAAUUUGCUAAGUUGACUGGAUGCUAUGUUGUUGGAAGUGCUGGAAGUCAAGAAAAGGUGGAUAUAUUGAAGAAUAAAUUAGGAUUUGAUGAAGCCUUUAACUACAAAGAAGAAUCAAAUCUCGAUGCUGCUUUAAAAAGAUACUUUCCGGAAGGCAUUGACAUUUACUUUGAAAACGUGGGCGGCAAGACACUUGAUGCUGUGCUGUUGAACAUGAGAUCCCAUGGUCGCAUACCGGUAUGUGGAAUGAUUUCACAAUAUAAUCUCAGUCAACCAGAAGGUGUAACGAAUUUGGCAAAUCUCAUAUACAAGGAGAUUAAGAUGCAAGGUUUUAUUGUAUCUCAAUUCUAUCCCCUUUAUCCUAAAUUCUUGGAGUUUAUUCUGCCUCAUAUUAGAGAAGGGAAGAUUGCAUAUGUGGAAGACAUAGUCGAAGGUCUUGAGGGUGGCCCUGCAGCCUUAGUUAGUCUUUUCAGUGGUCAAAAUCUCGGUAAAAAAAUUGUGGCUAUUGCCCCUGAAUAAUUUUCGUUCUAUGUUGUGCGAGUGAAUCAAUCAUUUUUUAGAAAAUUUCACUCCCCUUCCUGCUAGAUAUUAAAAUGACACUUCCCUCCAUUCUAUUUUAUAAAUGUACAUUUCCUUCU